AAAGUCACAAUAUUAAAAACUCUACUAAAUAUACAGUUUUUCUGCACUCAAAGUGAAUGAGUUGCAGGUUGUCAUAGUAACGCAGCACACUUUCCUGCUUAUGAGUUUUUCAGGUGCACAACAGUAAUAAAUAGCAAUCGUCAGAUGGAAAAAUGUGCCGCUGGAAACAGGGCUCAAAGAAACGGCUGAUACAUCUCAGCCCUCCAGAGACCUAAAAUCUGAGUGUACACUGAAAGCUAAGUGCCCUAAAAAAUCUGUAUGGAGGAGUGUCGUGGUUUAAAAAUAUUUGGGAUCCACAGUGCUAGACGGUUGUGUGAUCUGUGUGUUUUUUUAGGAGGGAAAAAUGUGCCUAUAGCUAGCUAGCAACAUAUACACCAACUAUGAACGCUGAUCUCUGAUCUCAAAACUUACCACUGCAGUUCUUUCUGUUAUUCGCCUCCAGAAGUUUCUCCUUUUCUUGUUUUUUUUAUAUUUCUGUACAUUCAUGAAUUGGAGUCAUAAAGCCUCAGGUUAAAGUUAAAACACUGUGUCACACUUAUGGCUACAUUGCUAGAUCUAUUUACAUCCGCUGCAUGCGUCUGUGCAUUGACAUAAGUUUGCUAAACGCUCAGUCAGAACAAAACUUCAGAAUCAUGUAUAAUCAGGUUUCAUUUUUAAUGUAACUGAAUCCUAAACAUGAUCAAAACUAGGAUACCACAGUAAAGCUUAAAUGUAAACGUGCAUAUUCAGUGUGAUAAUGUGACUAACUGGAUAAUCGUACCUACUGCACAUCUGACAGCAUCAGACGUGGUAAAACACUGAGUCAUCGUUAAAUUUCACCUGGAGUGACAUUCCUUCUUCCUGUGUCUGUCUCUGAACCCAUUUCGCUUUUAAAUAUUUUACAUUGUCUGUGCCAGCAAUCCGACCGGUCUCGGUUGAAUACUGCUUUGUUCUCUCGUGUUAGUUGUGAGUAGCUGCCUGCUUGAUGUUUUUAGCAUUUCUGCAGUUGUACCAAUAGUUAGUCAGCCUCUGCUAGAAUAAUGAAAUGCUGUUAUUUUUGGCUGGUACAUUUAAUUGAAUGGAAACAAUCUGGCAGUUUUAAUAAUUAACGAGCAAAUAACUGUCUGUGUCUGUCCUCAGGUUGAGGCUCUGAGUGAUGCAGUCUCUGUUCGGCGGAGGGGAGCUGGGGCUGCUGGGAGGAGGCGGCGACGCAGGGGGUCUUAAGGAGGAUGGCUGUGGCAGCGUGGCGUGGCGUCCCUCGCCCCUGCCCCCCGAUGAUGUCUACUCAGCCUCCCACAUUGCCCUUAUCACAGCUUAUCAGGACAUCAAGAUGAGGCUGGCCUGCCUGGAGCGAGAGAACACCGGUAUCAAGAGGAAGCUCAAGAUCUAUGAGAUCAAGUUCCCCAUGAUCAGCGAAUUUGGGGAAGACACAAACUCAUACUGCUCCUUCGAGAGCAAGGAGACGGCGCUGCUGCACUCAGAAAACGGCAACCUGCAGCAGAGAGUCAACAUCCUGACCCACGAGCUCCAGAAGAGAAAGGAGAGAGAGGAGCAGCUGGAGGAUGUGAUCCAGGCCUACGAGAAAAUUCACAUGGAGAAGAGUAACCUCCAGAGGGAUCUCGACAAGAUGACCAGUCUGGUGGAGAAGCACGUCGAGCGUAUCCUCAGCCUGGAGUCCGCUCUGAGGCAGAGGGACAACUCUCUGCAGAAAAUCAACAUGCAGCUGCACAGCAAAGACAUGCAAUACCUGCAGCUCCACGCCGGCCCAGACGCACACAUGCUGGACUGUCCAGGCCUGACCCUUCAAAGCUCCCGCAGCCUUGACGCCUUGUCGGAUUUAAAGCUGCAGCAGCUGGAGGCGGAGCUAGAGGGGGCGCGGCACGAGGCCCAAGGGGCGUGUCAGCGGGAAGAGGAGCUGAAGGCCGAGUGCGAGAGACUGAAGGAGGAGAUGAGACAGCUGCAGAACAGCCAGAGGGAGAGGGAAAUGACUUCUCCGUGCAAGCAGUGUGAUGUGGAGUGGAUAAAGAAGGUGGGAGAUGAGCAGGUGAAUUUGGCUCUGGCCUACACAGAGUUAACAGAAGAGCUGGGUCGCCUCCAAGCGCUGAGCUCCAAGCAGACGGAGAUCCUGAGGAAAGCCUCGCAGGAGCAGGCUAGUCCAGUUCAGCGUCACUCUCCUAUCCACCACCAGCGCCACUCUCCAGUAUCUCAGCGCCAUUCACCCAUCUCGCAGCGCCAUUCUCCAGUCCCACCUCCGCCGCACCACUCCCCAAUCCCACAGAGACGCUCCCCGGUGUUGCAGCGCCUCUCCCCAGACAUGCACCGCCGCUCACCCCUGCUGGACAUUAAUGACGGACCGGCCUCUUACUCCUGCCGGCCGCCCACCCAGCACCUGCGGGCCAGCUUCCAGGGCCGUCGCAGUUACUCCGAGGUUGCUGACCCCUCAGCUUACCAGUGCCCGCCCCGCUUCUCCCUGGACCCUGUCUCCACCCUGCCUAAGCCCCGGCCCUACGUUGAGGGCUACGUAAAACAGCAGCCACAACAUGUGGGCUCUCCUCAUGGUGGACUGCAACACAGAGGAUCCCCGUCUCCCCAUCAAGGUGGUGGAGGAGACGGGGGCCUCGGGGAGAGCUCCAUGCGCCACUCAAGAGAGAUGCCAUUCCCGCUGUCUGAAGUGGCCCACCUUCAUUUUGAGCCCCCUCCACCUCCCACACCGGCCCCCCAGCCCCCACAAUCCUCUGAGGACGAGGAGGAGUGGACCUGCCCGCAUCCUAUCAGCCCACCGCGGACGCUGGGCGUGCUCUCUGCUGCGGUGCCCAGCGGUGUCAUGAGAGGCCCGGCGUCCUGCUCAGCCUUCCCCAUCCCUCAGCGGUCUAACACCCUCAGCUGCCACCCGCAGCCUGGGUACAUGUCUGCAGAGCAUGCACAGUCCUGGCCUUCAAUCAACCUCUGGAUGGAGACCGAGGAGAGUGACAUGCGGAGCUGCCCUCUCUGCCAGCUGAUAUUCCCUGUCGGUUACCCUGACGAUGCCCUCAUCAAGCACAUUGACUCCCACCUGGAGAACAGCAAGAUCUGAUCGCCAUGGCAACCCGGCCUGCACACAUAUGCGCUCUCCUCUUAUAGAUUAUGUAAGAGAUCGGCAGACCUGGCCAAAUGGGAAGUCAAACGUAGAAUCACAGGCGAGCCACGGCGUCAGCUAUAAUCUAUACAGCAGGUGGGGAUGCAAAAUGGCGCAGGGACCUGUUUUGAUUUGGGAGCCUGCUUGACAAAAGUAUUAAACACGGGUCCGUCUUGGAUUUGUGAGUCUACAUGCGGAGUCCUUUACCGAUCGCCCUUGAGACAGCUCUGCCUGUAUAAUCACUGGCUCUGGUUGCUGCUGUUUUGUUAUGAGUCUUGUUGUGUGGUUUCAGACAGUUUCAGGUAUCGUGUUGUUUUUCGCUUCACAAUGUAGUUCACUUUGAUUUAGCAAAAGAAUGCUGAAGACGAUGUAUGAGAGAGGGGCUGGCGGGUUCGGGGGCUCUGCAUGUGAGUGUUAGUUUCAGUGUUGAUCAGUAAAUGAUCAGGGAGACCUGAGACAUCUUUGAAUAGCUCUAUUUUGACAAACUACUCUCACCACUUAGCUUUAAAUACUGUACACCUGCUUUGAAAUUUUCUAUCUCACACAUGUACAACAGUAUAUUUUGCAGAAGAGUCUGUGCAGUAAAUGCCAAGGACAGUGAUCUGGUAGAAGCUGGCUUAUGGAAAUGAUCCAACUGGACAGAAAAACAAAAGACAUAUGGGAGCGUGAUUAGUUUGAGUUUGAGUAAAGAUUUUAAGGUUUUGAUGAGGAGAGAAUGUCCGUGUGAGGGAUGCCAGUUCACUUUCACUUCUCUUAAACAAGGAACUAUGUUUCCAUGGCAGUUAAGAAAGUAUAAAACAUUCCAGUCUCACAUUUCAUUUACUGAUAAAUCAACUGGAGAAUAUGAAUGUGAAAGUAUGUUCGGAUUAGCCCGAAGGCGGUUUUACCCUAACGGAGCGUUGAUGGUGCCCUGCAGGGCGGGGCACUGAUGUUGAUGCAUCUUCUCUACAAGUGGAGGGAAAAUUUUAGUCAGAAUAUACCUUUAUGCUUGCGGCCUGUUCAAAAAUCUAAGUAUCUUAGCACUUUAAGUUAGCAUAGCCUAUACAAUGUAUCUGUUUUCAGUCCCCAUAUAUAUUUUCCAUGUAUAAUUUACUAUUUAUAUUGUCAAUCUGUAAGGCAAAAAAAAAUAUGAUAUAUUUUUGCAAAUGUUAAUGCACCACAUGUCUCAUGUUGGUGUUUCUCUUAUGUGCUCACGCACACCACUGUACAUACCGUAGAGGAGUCGAAGGUCAAAGUCCCGCUGCAUGGGAUAACUUUCUGUACAAAGACUUUAAAUUAUCAACUGGGAUUCUCCUCGGUCUUCCUAAAGAUCUGACCUUCAAAACAGUUUGAUGUCACGACUGCCCAGACCACCCAACAAAAAAACAAAACAAAAAAAGACAAAAAAAUAACACACACACACUCAGCUGGCUGCAUGAGAUCAAGACUUCUUACCUGCUUUGGAGGGAAGGUUGCAGGCUUUUUAGUGUACUGUAUUUUUAUCUCGGAGAUGUGAAACCAGAAACAUCAUCUCCAAUCAGCAACGUUAUCUCUGCAGGGGUUUAAGCAAAGACGAUACUCUUCUUUUGAUACAUGGGUUUAAUUUUUAUCACAAGUGGAAUCUUAACUUGAGAUCUGCUUGUGGGACUUUUUUUUUUUUUUUUUUUUUUU